AUGCCUUCGGCCAAAUUCACACAGGCCGCCAACGAGAGCCGUCAGCUCAAGGCCAAGCCAUCCAAUGACGAGUUGCUUGAACUCUAUGCUCUCUUCAAGAUCGCCAAUGGUGAAGACAUCACCAAAGCUCCUGCACCAGGUGUGUUUGAUCUCAAGGGCAAAGCCAAGCACAAGGCGUGGCAGAAGGAAGUCGACGCUGGAACGUCCGCCGAGACCGCCGAAACUCGCUAUAUUGCUUUGAUUGCCAAACUCAAGGAGAAGUAUGGCUUUGAUGCCUCCAAGGCUCCUGAGCCAGUGGGAGGAAACUGA